ACUACACCCGAAGAAAAUGAUUGCCUUCUGGUACUCCGUUACCUUCCUCGCAUGUGUUGACUUCGGUCACGUGAUAUUUGUGCCAAGGCGUUACAGCUGUCACUUGGGCAUCACGGGAGCCACGAUGUUGAUGCAGAUCGCGCUACUUCUAGCUUGCCUCUUCACUUGGGAAUGUGUUAGAAGCCAGAACGAUCAGAUUGCCUGGAAUGCAUUACAAAGGGACAAGGGUUUCUUCCUCAUGAAACGAUCUGUCUUUUACAAGGAUGAAAAUAAAUGUGUCUACCUGAUCAAGAGACGCAUAAUAAGCAAGAGACAAAAGAUUGAAGCGCAUUACGGUUUCUGGAACGGAGAUCACUACUCAGAAGAGCCCUGCGUCAUGCAAGCCCCUCCUGGGGGCAAUGGAACUGUUGUGUACGUUUCAUCACCCAUACUUGGCGGGAAGUGCUUACCUUCGACGUCAAGUAUUUCCAUCAGAUGUCUGGACGCUUGGUUUUGGUGGGAAUCGACAGGAAGGUUUCUGGACGUGAGUUAUCUGUGCCAUUUCUUGUUUGUGCGAUUUCUCUGUGCGAUUUCUUGA